AUGGACGAUCUUCUUUUCCCGCUCGCACCGCCGCACUCUCCGCACUCUUCCCUGCUCGCGCCGCUGCACUCUCCACACUCUACCCUUCUCUCACUGCCGCACUCUCCCCACAACAGCCACGGCACUACCACCACCAUCACCAGCAGCAGCAGCAGCAGCAGCAGCAUGGGAGGGGCACCGCCGGUGUUACCACCACCGUCGGACUCCCUCGCUCCUGCCGCACUCCUCGCCAUGGACGACCUUUUUCUCCCGCUCGCACCAUCGCGCUCUAAACACUCUUCCCCGCUCGCACCGCUGCACUCUCCACGCUCUACCCUUCUCGUACCGCCGCAGUCUCCGCCCUCUUCCCUUCUCGUACCGCCGCAGUCUCCGCCCUCUUCCCUUCUCGUACCGCCGCAGUCUCCGCCCUCUUCCCUUCUCGCAUCGCCGCACUCUCCGCCCUCUUCCCAGCUCGCAAGCGGAAAGGUGCAGAUACAGCGCAUGCUGGCUGGGCUCUCGCACCUUGAACGCUUGCUGCGACUGCAGGAAGCACAGCAGGUGGAAGUUCAGCAGCUGAAAGCACAGCAGCCAGAGGCAGCAGCAGCAGCAGCAGCAGCAGCAGCAGCAGGGACAGCAGAAGCAGCAGUUGCCGACGCAAGGGCAGAGGCAAAGGCAGGGGAAGCGGUGCUGUCAAGCCGGGUGAUGGCGAGGCUGCAGAUAAGGGGGGACAAAGAGGACGACAGCGCGCAGCUCAUGGCUCUCCUGCGGGCGCGCACACAGGCGGAGGAGCAGCACCUGUACCGUCCAGAUGGCGCUCUGCAAUUGGCUCGUGGUGGAGGUGGGUGGGGACGCAAGGGAGGACCGGGCGGGGAGAGGAGUAGCAGUGGUGGCAGCUGUGGGGCCCCCGAAUUCGCUGUGCAUGGCGUUUUCAGCAGUACUGGCACCAACUCAGCAAGCGACGCUGGAAAGAAGAGAAAAAUCCCAAGCCCAGGAGGUCCCACUAGCUUCGCGACAGCCGCUCACAUGGGACAGCAGGGCCCCAGGCAUAUCCCGCAUGCCUGCCACAGCCAGAGGAGCGUGCUCGAACCGGCCAGUGUCUCAUUCGUUCGGCCGAAUCCAGCCAGUGCCGUAGCGACGUCUAUCCUGGGCAGUGCUACAACGACACCUAUCCUGGGCGGCAGUGCCACGGUUGUUGAUCCUCGUAUCCUGGGCAGCGUAGCGACUAGACGAGUGGGAGAAUCAGACACGAGCGGCGUGGACGGCAUGGGUGGCAUGGGCGGCAGGGUUCGGUGGAAUUCUGGCGACGAUUUUGGUGCGGGCGUGUGCCUUCAGCAGCAGCCUGUGUGCAACGCAGAUGGUCUCCUCCGGCCCCCCUCAGACGACAAUCCGUGCAGGGGCGCGGAAGGUUUGCACACACGAGAUGAGCACGGGGUGAUAUACCAGAGCAGGGCCACUGGCUGCACAUGCGAUGUGCAAGACGAGUGUGCCACGGACGACGAGCGAUCGCGUCCGUGCCAGGCCGUGGGGACUGGUUCGGCGUCGAACCAGAGGGUUACGAGACGCAGCAUGGCGGAGCGGCGGAGGAGGGGGAGGAUCAGUGAGGGGCUGCGGAGGCUGCGGGCGAAGGUGAGGGGGCGGGGGGACACGUGCGCUAUGCUGGAUAGAGCCGUGGGUUAUGUUGAUGCGUUGGAGAAACGAGUGAUGGAGCUAGAGGGGGUUGUCAUGGCGGCUGCUGGGUCUGGGGGGAACGGUUUCCCUGGUAAUGCGUUUGCCAGUAGUGCUUUUGGGGGUAAUGUCUUUUUUAAUGAUGUUGCGACGCUGAGGGCGAUACCGGCUGCACUGACAUCGGUCCCUACUAGCCUUGGGAGUGACUCUGUUGCUGGUUGGCCUUGGGAGUGA